GCACCGUGAUUCUAAAAGAAACCAGUACACAGAGGCGUUUUAACCUUAAGAAGAAAAUUAACCAUACAUGAAAAAAUGAUGGUUUUGUACGACCUUGAAACCCAAGUAUAUGAUGAGGCUUAGUUAAUUUUUAAACCAUCGGUGAAAGACCUGAUGUAUCUAAUAUUUUAACAGUGUUUGAGCCAGACGCUCCAUGCAUCCCACUGCUUCAGCAAACCUUUCUGAUGAAAACUUUUCUUCGGAUCCAUGGUCGACCGAACUAUCAGUUGGUGAGCUUGGGAACUGGUGCAUGCCAUGUGGUUUGGUUGCCGUUGCUGCUGUAUUUGGUAAUAUGUUACUUCUUGCGUCUGUUGUGGUGUCUUCAUAGCUGCGUUACCACGUGAUAUUCUUUGUUGCUGGUUUGGCUGUUGCUGAUGUACUCGUUGGGUUGAUAUCUAUACCAAUGUGGAUGUACAUGUUGUUCUUGAGUUCGAAAGAAAGUAAUAACUCUUUGGAAAAUAUUCAGUUUAAUUCAAUUUACGACGCCUUAGAUGUUUUUGCCGCUUUGAACUCCAUUUUUCAUUUGACUGCGAUAAGCAUUGAAAGGUUCUUUGCAGCAGUUUACCCGAGGAGACAUCAGCUUCUGUAUCUCCUGUUGUCAUUGACAAUUUAGAUUACUUCAGCUCUCGUCUCAAGUUCUUUCUUUUUACCUGUCAGCAAAAUGUCUAUUGAAUUUAGUUUAUAUUUAAUCAAUCUUUUUUUCUUGUUAGCUUUGCUAACGAUCUCCGUAAGGUACACUAAAAUCUGAUUAAAAGUACGAUUUGGGAUAAGUAAAACCUACGACUCGACUUCAAAAAUAUCCUUGACCUUAUUUAUUGUCGUCAGUUUAUUUGUCAUUGCCUGGUUGCCAUUUUUCAUUGUGGGUGUUGUACUUGACUUCUACAGACACUACUGUUUCUCGUGGAGAAUAUUCUACCUAACCAAGCUUUUCCAUUUUGGAAACUCUGCGGUGAAUCCGCUGGUUUACGGCUUCAGAAUUCCUAAAUAUCGAAUGCUUUUCUUGAAAUUCCUUGACAUCAAAUACGCACCUGGACGUGAUUCCAUUGAGUUAGACAACCGCGCACUAAGAAAUUCACCGGCAAACGUGGGCAUUUUUAGUAAUGUUUCAGUUGAUAUUAAUUUCAAGAACAAACAAACACCACCAUGUCAGCAAGUUAGCUGUGUCAGGUGCUCGAGUCUUCUCGUCAUUACCAUGCAUCAGCGCGGCUAAUGAUAUCAUUCCAGGAAGGAAGUCUCAGGACAUGAUCUCGACUUCAACGCCAAGUUACAUGUUGGUUGGCCAUAAACAUAAAAAAAAAAAAUCAGUUAAAUCAUGAGGAGACAAUAUAAUGUACCUUUUUUUCGGUUAGAUCAAUUCAAUUUACCUCUUUAUACCAAAAUGAGAAUCUGUUGUACAGAUUCUCUA